UUCCAAUACUAAAGGCAGAGUGACAACAUAUCAAAUAUGUCGGAAAACACUGUAAAUGGCGAAGCUGGAGAGCAUCAUCAACAUUAUAAAGAGAUUCACCAUCAUUAUGCAGAAGAAUGCAGUCAAGACGACAUAGGCACAUUCUUAUUUACUUCUGAAUCGGUCGGAGAGGGACACCCAGACAAAAUAUGUGACCAGGUAAGCGACGCCAUCCUAGAUGCCCACUUGCGUCAAGACCCAGAAGCCAAAGUGGCGUGUGAGACCGUCUCCAAGACGGGAAUGAUCCUAUGCUGUGGGGAAAUCACAUCCAAGGCAAAGAUUGACUACCAAUCGGUCAUCAGAAACACUGUUAAACAGAUUGGAUAUGAUGACUCUUCUAAAGGUUUUGACUACAAGACAUGCAAUGUUCUCAUUGCACUUGAAGAGCAGAGUCCGGACAUAGCCCAGGGGGUUCACUUACAGAGAGAUGAAGAUGAUGUUGGAGCCGGAGACCAGGGUUUAAUGUUUGGCUAUGCCACAGAUGAGACAGAGGAAUGUAUGCCCCUGACAGUUGUUCUAUCACACCAACUGAAUGCCAAGAUUGCACAGCUCAGACGUAAUGGAGAGAUGGGUUGGGCUCGACCGGACACUAAAACACAGGUAACUAUUGAGUACAAGUAUGAGGAAGGAGCAUGUGUGCCCAUCCGUGUUCACACCGUGGUCAUCUCGGUCCAGCACAGUCCAGACAUCUCCGUGGAGCAGCUACGCAAGGAGGUUAUGGAGAAGGUCGUUGGGCCAGUCAUCCCCAAGAAGUAUCUUGACGAACAGACCGUGUACCACAUCCAACCUUCCGGUAUCUUCAUAAUUGGUGGACCACAGAAGACCUAUCAGCACCUGCGGAGUGAUGCUGGUUUGACUGGCCGUAAGAUUAUCGUUGACACAUACGGAGGGUGGGGGGCACAUGGUGGUGGAGCAUUCUCUGGUAAAGACUACACGAAAGUUGACCGGUCUGCUGCUUACGCUGCCCGCUGGGUGGCCAAGUCCCUUGUCAAGGCUGGCCUCUGCAGGCGGGUUCUUGUACAGUUGUCGUAUGCCAUUGGUAUUGCCCAGCCCCUGUCUAUCACAGUUCUCAGCUAUGGAACUUCGACCAAGUCAGAGCGGGAUCUGCUGCAGAUUGUCAGAAACAACUUUGACCUGCGACCUGGCAGAAUUGUCAAGGAGCUGAACUUGAAAAAUCCUAUCUACCAGAAGACUGCCUGUUAUGGACAUUUCGGUCGCCCCGAGUUCACUUGGGAACAGGCAAAACCUCUCAAGCUUUAGUUCUGCAGUGCAAACAAACAUUGUUGUGAUCUGUUUUAUUGUUAACUUACUGUAUUUGGUGCUCUGUCUGAAAAACUACGACGGUUCUAGCCAGAUUCUGAUGUCAACAUGAGAACAGUAUAGGUUCAUGGUCAAUCAUGAGAUCUGGGGCAUGCAACACCAGUCUACUCUGCAAGUCAAAUUUAUUUAGUUCAUGUCUGUUACUGUAAAUGAAGGACAAAAAAGGUAAUGGAAAUCAUGUUCUUAAAAUCAUGUUCUCAAAAUGUGUUGUUUUGUUUCUUUUGCUUUUUAAAACAGAUAAAAAAAGCAAGGGAUUAUUUAUUUAUUCCAUAGUUCUUGGUUGGUAUACAUUAAUUUCUUUCAUGUGUUUAGUUAAGGAUUCCUCAGCUCAGUUGACUUGACCGCUGCUGAUCUCGGAAUUGAUAUGGCAUCUGAGAUUGUGGGUUCUGUUGACAGCAAAUGCACUGUCAGCAAUUAUUGUCCAUUUAGGUAAACUCUGUCCACAUUGUCCCAUCGGCUGAGACCCAAGUACUGGUCAGCUGGUAGGUUUUACUGAAAUAAUGUAUAUGUCAGCAGCCCGGCCCCUGGGGUCCAAGGCGUGACCCCAGCGGGCCACCCUGCUGUCCAGGGGGAGAUAACACCUGCAGACCACAGUAGUUAGAGGGAUAGACUGACUGCCGAUUUGACAACAAGAGAAAUAUCUCGUAUUUAUUCUAAAUAGUUGUUGUUUAAAAUAUAUUAUGUAUAUUUAUAUAGCAGUGUGAUCAUAUGGCAAAAGUUACAUGUAUCUAUACAUCAUUAUGAUCAUUUAACGGAACUGCUACAAAUUUAAGCAGUUUAGUUAUAUAAUCAAAUGAUUAAAUGGAAGUAAAUGUUAAGUUGUCAAAUCGGGCCUCAGUUUGCUCAUGUAAUGCUCUGCCCUUUAUCUAGUGCAAAUGUGUGCCACCUAGCGCAUUUGUCUUGUGUUUAUAGAAAUUAAUUGGAAAAGGGCACUUUUGAUAAACACUCGGGUCUGUUCUCCCAUAUGUGCUCAAAUUAACAUCCAUUUUGUGGUCUUGACUUGUUUCAAUUAUUCUUGGCAUUUGUUUUUGUUGAUGAUGAUAUGUAUUUUAUUGUCAUUAUUUAUAUUUUUAAUAGUAGUUGAAAUUGUGCACUAUGUAUUACAGAAACUUUCUUUUAGUAAUUGUCACUAUAUUUCAUUUGAAUUACGACUUACACAUAUUCUUACACAUUUAGAUAAAUUGCCCAUGUUUUAACUAUGAUCAUGUAUGAAAUGUUGGUUGAUGCCUUAUGUGGGGUAACUGUAUCAUUUUAUUAUUAUUAUUAUUAUAUGUUGUUUUACAUAUCCACCUGUAUUAUCUGUGUGUUUGUGAUUCAUUGGAUAAAAGGUGCAUGUUAAAUGCCAGCUUUUGUUUGGAUAUUGAGAGAAAACCCCGAUUAUGAAACUUCCAUCUACUUUUAAACGUGUUAUGGUUUUUGUCAAUGAGUAAAUGAUUUUAUGUAAACAUAUGUACAUAUUUUGUUCCAGCCAUUGCAAUAUACCUAAUCCAUUCUUUGCUCAUUUUAUGUAAUCAUGGUUUCAUUACCUUCAUGAAAAAAAUAAAUUCUGAAGAAUAUCCAGCUGUUACCAUUUUAAGUUUUACAUAAAUAUGCAUAAAGCAAUUCAUAUAAGGUGUAUGUAUAAAUAAAUAUUCGGAGAGAUGUCAUUGCAGAUUUUUUCAUAUAUUAUAUGAAUAUUGUGUAAGAAAUCUGACUGCUUGCCUCGUCAAUCUAACUGAAUUGUUAAACAAUUUGUAGAAUCCCUGUAAAUCUGUUUGUGGGAUCAACUGAAGUCGGUGAUAAUAAAAUUUGUAAAUGUGA